CUCAACAAAAUGUAAACAACCUGAGAUUUGAAAACCUCUGAUGGACAGCAGGAAAACCUCGUAUUUUCGUUGUUCUAAGACGACUUCUGCAAUUUGUGCAACUAGCUUGUGAAUUCAUUGAAAUCUAAGCAUGCUGCCCUGAUUGUGAGACACGAAAUGUGCAUCUGUGGUUGCAUCCCAUAUUGACUGAGCAGCAGAAAUGUCUGCCGUACAUUGCUAUUUUUUCAAUCUAGAAAAGUAGAACCAUUAUAUCAGAUAUUUCUCAAGGAUCUAUCACUCUGAGUACGGUAUCAGCCUCUAUUACAUAACGCAAACAGUGAGCAAAGAUUGGAUGGAGCAUGGUGAUGAUUCCCAGGGCAGAGAAAAAGCAACUUUACUCGAGUCAUAGAAGGAUGAUGCGAGAUGGGGAAGGUCUGGAAUGAGAGGAACGUGAAAAGGAGAAGAAUACCAAUAGUGCGUGCCUUUAGGAAGAGGGGAUAGCAAUAUGAAAAAAUGUUGCACAGAUGGAGAUAGUAGGAGAAAGGUAGUGGAUAUGAAGACCGGGAAAACAGUUGUGCAGCAGUCAUACUCAGAGCCAGGUAUCAAGAGUGAAAAAAUGGAAUCUGUUCAAGGAGUGAAAAGCUUGAAAAGUGCCCUUGAGGAGAGGGGAAGGAGUGAGGAGUUUGGCCAGUGCCUUCUGUGUAAAGGGGCGGUGACUAGUGUGGAUGGAGUCUGCAUCGGAUUAGACUUUGAGCUUCCUUUCAGUGGACUGGAUCUUGUAUCCCUCUUGCAGUGUUAUAGUGUCUCUCUGUCAUUGCAAGAUUCUUUGCAAUUGCACAAAAGAACUGACCUCUGUAAGGAAUGCUAUGAGUUAGUGAUGAAAGGAGAUUCAGCAUAUAGUCAUGUAUAUUCUGUGGCCUCUAAGAUGAGUAGAUUAUGGUCAGGAAGGAUGUCUGAGUGUGUUACUUUCUCAUUAAAUGUUAAUAAUUCCAAGAAACUUACUUAUCACUGUAUUUAUUGUGAUGAAAAGUUUGAGGAUGAAUCUAAGUGGCAUUUUCAUAUGAAAAUCAACCAUAAAAUGAAUGUUAAUUUCCAGGAAAUCAAAAUAUCCAGUGAUGGAGAACAGGAAAAGAGUGAAUCACUUAGAACAUCAGUCUGUAAAUCUGACAAUAGCUUCACUUGCACUGCACGUUGUCAAAGUUUUAAAGAUCAAGGGACCUUCCUUACACACAAGAACGAAAGAGAUACAAGUUCAAUAGUAUCAGAAUCUGAAGCAGUGUGCAAAUCAGGAGUGAAUAGCCCCCUAGAUAUAAGCAACAAAGUAGGUUCUAACAUCCAUCAGCAGAAUGCACUGAAUUUGAAAACUGAUUCUAAAAGUCAGGAGAGAAAUAUGCUAGAGUAUCCGCCAUCUCUUAGACAUAUUUUCUGGGCCAAACAUGAAUUAAUGUUGCAGGAUAAGGAAGAUGAACUAAUAUUAUCAUAUUUACAAGGUAAUGUAAAUAUUGGGAGUAAUGUUCAUGGAGAUAAUGAACAAGCCGGUGAGAACGAGAAUGAACUGAGUGAUAAUAUUUUGAGAAAAAAUGCUACUAAUAAAAAGGUACACAUGCAGGUAAUUCCAAAAAAUAAGGAAAAAGGUGAAGGAAGCAGACAGUCAGAAGAAGGGGAUUUUAGAAGUGGAGUGACCAUCAAUUUGAAGUCCAGAGAGAGGGUAAGAACUAGCAGAAAACUUUUGACAUACAGGUUUAGUAAGAAGAAAAGUGAGACAGUUAUACAGGAGGAGGACCAUAAGAGAAAUUUUAAAAGGGUACAUGGCCAAUAUACUUACAAUAAACAACCAAAGAAAAUCACCAAGACCCUUGUUCAGCAAUACCCCAUCAACAGCAAGGGGAAGAAAUUAGACGGUUAUGAAAUACAGCAAAGUAAUUAUCACAGAAAACAGAAAUACCCUGAGACACGAGAUCUUUACAGAGUAACAGCAAGCCCUCAGAUUAAGGAAGAAAAUGACCAAUUACUGCCUCAGGAUGAAGAGACGCGAUCGGCAUGCGGAGAUGAUGGCAUGACCGAAACGGAUAUCCUGGGAGACGACGUGGAAACAAAUGUGAAUGUGCCAGAGGAAGGUGGAUGUGCUGUUGUGGAUAUUUAUAAUGGACCAGUGAAUCUAUGUGAUGUGAGUGAUGAUUUCCGGUGCAUCAUCAUUAAUGGGUAACGAUGUGUGCUUCCUUGACAUGUGUUUUGGAUUUCAGUGUAAUGCUUCUUAGUGGAAGAUGCUUCAAAAAUCAUUUUCCUAUCUGUACUGUAACCUAAUGUCUUAAAGAUUGAAAAAAUAUACAUUUUAUGAUUUGUGCAUUAUUUUUAUAGAAUAUAUAUGUAUUUUUUAUCUGGGAUAAUUUAUGAUAACCAAUACUCAUAUAAAAGAAUAUUAAUGCAAAUGAUAUAUUUAUUGGUAUUGACAGUGAAAUAAAAGUUGUUAGUGAUGA